UUAAGUCUCUGUGUCUGUUGUGAAUGUGUCUCGGUGUUAAUCUGGCCGUCCUCUGGACUUUAAUGAUGCGUGCGUGUCGGCGUUUGGAUGUCCCCCUGUCGAACAGAGUGCCAGGAGCUCGCGAAGCGUGAGGAAGGCAAAACGGGGCCGGGGGAAGAGGAACUAGUUGAAGCAACACACAUACACACAGAGAGAGAGAGGGGAAAAAAAGUGGAAAAGCAACAGCUCACUUUUGUUUUUGUUCUGAUUGCCAUGCUGUUGGUUUAGCGCUGCGAUGGCGGAUAGAGCGGGGCAGCAGCAGCAAUCCGGAGGAACGGCAGUAGGAGCAGGAACUGAAUCGGGAGCGGAGCCAGCGCGGCACUCCCGCCGGCUGCAGUACACUCACCCGCGGGCCACUUGCUGAACCUUUCUCCCUGUCUGCAGCGCCGCUUCGGAUCUCCUGCUGCUGUUAGGGGCUGCAGCAACGGUAUGCACCGAGGCUGACUCGCUUUCUUUAAUUGGGAUCUUUCUGUUCCUCACACACAUCCAGGGCUUUUUUUUCAAACAACUAGCCCCCCCCCCAAAAAAAACAAAAUCAGCGGAAUAAAGGGCAGCAGUGGAUUCGAGAGAAACAUUGGGAACCUCUUUCUUUAUUUAGGGGGGGCAAGUGAAGGGAAGAGAAGGAUUCAGAAGCGGAAGAAAGUGGCUCAGAAGUUUGCUAGAGACCGAUUUGAGAAGCCCCUACCUUUUCCCCUUCCUCCUGCCCCCAGGUCACCCCCAUGGGGGCGAAGCAGAGCAGCCCGGCUCCGAGCGGUCGCACCCGGGCUUACUCGGGCUCCGAUCUGCCCUCUCACACGGUCAGUAGCAGCAGCCGCUCGGUUGGGGGAUCCGCCGCCGCCGCUUCUUCUUCAUCAUCCAGCGCCUCGGGCCACGGUUCAGUGGCCGCCUCCGGGUUGGCCCCUACCUCCAGCGGCCGCUUCCACUUGGUCUCACCGACGCCUCCUCUUCCACCUUCGGCCGCCGGUGGUCCCAGGUCAGCGACUGGCGCCAGCAGCAGGAACCAGUCGGUCAACAUCCCCAACAGCGGCGGCACUUGCAGCUCGCAAGAGGAGUCGGAGGGCAGCACCCCGGAGGAAAGGACACCCGAGCGGCCGGGAGCACACAGCUCAGCUCCCCGCUUACUCAUCGGCUCGCUGCCCGCUCACCUGUCGCCUGACUUAUUCGGAGGUAAGCGCUUCUUUAGAAACCGGGCGGUGUGGGAAGAGCUCUCUUCACUAACGCGCUUUCCCGAGAGGACAGGACCCCCACCCCGCCGCCGAGCCUAA